AUGGCAUCUAUUUCAUCUAAUAUUCUUAAGAUUUUUGAUAACAUAUUCAAUUCAAUUGAGUCACAGUUCAGCUCAUCUAUUUCCAGCACUAUUAGAUAUUAUAUUUAUGUAUUUUUGCUUAUUUCAAUAUUUCUAUUUUCAUAUAGUAUAGCCAUUUUAAGUAUUUUGCCUAUUGCUUAUAGACUAUUCUAUUCUUUAGGAGAGCUUAAACCAAAUGACUGGAUGUGGCCGUUAGCUAUCCUGGGAUUUGUAAAUGUUAUUGUGUACUUAUUUGUAACAUCUGUUUUCUAUUUUGCACUGGCUUUGUAUAUAGGAGUGUUCUUUAACAGCUAUUUCUCUAAUGCACAAAAAUUAAGUAUUAUCUCAUUAAGAACCCUAGAGCUGUGUAUACUUGGUGUAAUAUGCAGUACUAAUCUUCUUGUUCUGUAUUAUAAGACAAAAAUAUUUUAUUUAUUAGGGGGUACUUAUAUGGGCCUAGCAUGUAAUUUUAUAAUUUGGUUUACUUUUAUAUACAGUAAUAUUAUUAUACUGCGAUUUAUUUAUACUAAGAUGAGAAAGUGGAUAAAAUUAAAAACCAAUCAACUGACAGAAGACCAAAAAUCAGAAGAACUAGAGAAACCUAAAUAUACAUUAGACAUGCUGAAUAUUAUGCUGAUAGUUUUGCUAAGUUUAAUUUUAAGUUUUAUAACAUGUAAAUGGAUGGUUAUAAUGAGUAGUAUAGGUGCAGUUACUUAUUUAUCACAUUCGGGCUAA